CCUUGUGACAGUCAUAUGAGGUUUACAAAGAAUCUCUCUCCGGACAAAAUCAACCUGAGCACACUGAAAGGUCAGGGGCAGCUGACCAAUCUGGAACUGGAUGAAGAGGUGCUGCAGAAUGUGUUGGAGUUGCCCACCUGGCUAGCUAUCACUCGGGUCUACUGUAACAAGGCUUCCAUCCGGAUCCAGUGGACGAAACUGAAGACACACCCAAUUUGUCUGUACCUGGAUAAGGUGGAGGUGGAGAUGCGAACCUGUGAAGAACCUCGGCCACCCAAUGGACAGUCUCCUAUUGCUCUCGCUGCAGGGCAAAGCGAGUAUGGCUUUGCCGAAAAGGUUGUGGAGGGGAUGUACAUUGUUGUCAAUUCCAUCACCAUCAAGAUUCAUUCCAAGGCCUUCCACGCCUCUUUGGAACUGUGGCAGCUCCAGGGAUACAGCGUGAACCCCAGCUGGCAGCAGAGUGACCUGCGUUUCACCCGCAUUACUGACACUCACAGAGGAGAGGUUUUGACAUUUAAAGAGCUCACCUGGCAGACACUUCGGAUAGAGGCAGAUGCCACUGACAAUGGUGAUCAGGAUCCUGUUACCACUCCUUUGAGACUCAUUACUAAUCAAGGCAGGAUCCAAAUUUCUCUCAAGAGAAGGACCAAAGAUUGCAAUGUGGUGGCAUCUAAGCUGAUGUUCCUCCUCGAUGACUUGCUCUGGGUACUGACAGACUCCCAGCUGAAAGCCAUGAUGAAGUAUGCAGAGUCCUUGAGUGAAGCCAUGGAGAAAUCUGCCCAGCAGAGGAAGAGUAUGGCACCAGAACCUGUCCUGACUACACCACCUGCUCCUAGUGCCCAGCAGUCCUGGUCCCAGACAUUUGGAGGCAAUGUGAAUGCAAGCAGCAUCAGCCAGUACUUUGAGAAAUAUGACAUGAAAGAGUCCUCUUACCAUCUGUUUAUCUCCCGUCUCGACCUGCACAUUUGCGAUGAUAGCCACACCCGGGAGUCAGGUACCUCAAAGCAGAGGGUGAUGGGAGGUGCAAUGCAGCUCACUUUUAGGAGGAUGGCUUUUGACUAUUAUCCCUUCCACUGGACAGGAGACACCUGUAAGCACUGGGUGAAGUACUGUGAAACCAUGGAGACUCGGGGACAGUGGGCAAAAAAGCUGGUGAAUGAAUUUCAAAGCAAGAUGGAGAAGCACUGUGAAGAAAUGGAUGCUGGAUCCACCAAGGCUCCAAGAUCCUCUUUCAAAAAGCAACUAGACACUUUGUCCAGUCCUCACAAAAGCCCCCCAGAGAAAGGCUGCUCCCAAACACGUGUACCUCCUGCAAGCUUACCGCUUCUUCGGCACCCUUCAUGGAACCGACUCCGAUCCAGCUGCGUGGUAGUCCGUGUAGAUGACCUGGACAUUUAUCAGGUUUCCACCGCUGGUCAGCAGAGUAAGAAACCUUCCACCUUGCUUUCCUGUAGCAGGAAAUCCCUGAACCUUCCAGAUCAAGUCUCUGCAAUUCAUAUCGAGUUCACAGAGUAUUACUUCCCAGACAAUCAGGAUUUCCCAGUUCCAUAUCCGAACCUAUACAUGCAGUUGAAUGAUCUGAUGUUGACUCUGGAUGUGACAAGCAUGCUGUGGGUAAAUCUCUUCUGCCUGGAUCUCUAUCGCAGCCUGGAGCAGUUCAAAGCCAUCUACAAGUUGGAGGACUCAGAGAAGCAAGAUGAGCAUGUGGAUAUCCGACUGGAUGGCUUUAGGCUAAAGCUAAGCAUCCCUGUAGAGAAGAAAGUAACUGAUCAUCGGGACCGUCCCAAGGCCCUGUGCAUUCACACCUCGGAGGUGACUGCCACCAAUUCACGCUACGACCCUCACUGCAGCUGCUCAGCCCUCCAGAACCUGUUUCGCAGAUUUGCCAAUUCAGAGUUCUUCCACUCCACUUACACCCAGUUCCCAAAGUCUCAGGACAACUUCAGUGUCCUCCACACUCUCUUCUUACGCCACGCAUAUCAGGUGGAAACCACAGCCCAGAAAUGUAACGGCUUUGCCUAUUCAAUUUGGAGGACCUCUGCUUCUGAAGACCUCUGGUCUGUUAACUUCACCCAGAUCUCCCUGGACUUCGAAGGGGCUGAGAGUUCAAAGGGCAGAGCCCUUACCUUUAUUGACCCUUUCCCCCUCUCCAUUUGGGCUUGUCAUCCCAAGAGAUGGGAGCUAGCUCAGGUGUCUAAGCAGCAGGCCUCUGCUGCAUCGGAAUUGAAAAUAAAGUCUUCUGCUAGCUUUAGCAAUCAUGCCAAAUACCAGGACAUGACCAGAGAGCCUGGGCUCUGCCAAAGAUCAAAGACUGAGCAGGACCUGAAAAACAUUUACAAGGUCCGUGAGGCAAAGGAUAUCUUGGGAGAAUAUAACUGUGACAAUGGCACAGAGGAUGCUCAAGAGCCAGAAGCCUCUGCUGAUAUUCACAUGCUUGUGUACUCGACCGCCCACGUGAAAGUGCGACUCAACCACUACCAAUAUCUGGUGCUGCUCAGAAUGAAAGAAGUUUUGCAGAUGCUGCAGGAGCAGUUGGCCCAAGACACCCAGGAACUGACUGGAUCUCCCUUGGAACCCAUGACUGUGUGUAUGGGCAUCAUGUUCAACAGUGCUGAAAUGGCCCUUCUCAUGCAUCCCAUCCCAAGAUCAGAACCCAGGUCUAUGGACUCAGAUACAACGAGCUUGAUAGAAUCUGAGCUCUCACCCUCAGACAGCAGGGAGGUGCUGACUACAGAAGAGAAGGAGCUGAAAUCAGAAGCUAGCUCAGAGAAGGAAGUAAACAGCCCCUCCAAAGUCCUGGAGGACAGUGGUAUUGAAAACACAGAUGUGAGUGUGACCAUGUUGCCAGAGAGACUGCCAGAAUCUGUGAGUGAUGGAACCCUGGGAGCAACCGACACAGCUGAUCCACAGAACAAAGGCUUGGAGGAGAGGGGCCCAGUUGAGGAAGCACAUGAAGCUGUAGAAGCCCUGGAUACUAGGAGAGUGAGUGAGCCCAGCUGCUCUCAAACCCCUCUUGUCCUUCCUUCCAGCCAUUCCUCAGAUGUACAGCCAUUGAGGAGUGGAGACCUCACUCUCAAGGAGCAGGAAGAACUCAUUCCCUUGAAGAAUCUAGAGGUAGAACUAUCAAGUGCACUGCAUAUGACUAAGGAUGCCACUAAGGAAGCCUUGCAUGUGACCAUGGACCUCACAAAGGAAGCCAUGUCUAUAACUAAAGAUGCUUUCAGCCUGAGCCGGGAGAAGAUGGCUUCUACCAUGCAGAAAAUGCUCUCUCUACCCCCAGCCAAGGAGCCUGUGUCUAAAGCUGAAGAGGGGGCAGCCACCCCUGUGGGCAGCAGCAGCACGCGAAUGCGUUUCUUCUCCAUGAAGAGGACUGCGUCCCAGCAUUCCUUUGAUACCACAUCACUAGAUGGGAAUGGCCCAGAGGACAGGCUGUCUGUGGACAGUGAUGGCAGUGAUGGCUUUGUGAUGCUCCUGGACCCUGAGCCUAGUUUGGAUUCCCUCACCCCAGGACAACUUCUUCAUGACCUUCAUGAUGCAGGUAGCAGGGAGAGCCCAAUGGCAGAGGAUGAGGGUAGAGGGACGCCUGACAUGAACAGCUCAGCUUCUCAGAGUGGAGAGGACCCCAGCCUUCAGCUGGUUUCUGUUCUGGUGCUGAAAAUGAAUGAGGUGAACUGCGGGAUAGAGACAAGAGGAGACGAUCUGUCACUUGCUGUACAAGUAAUGGAGGUUACUCUAGAGCAGUUGGGCAAUACUAGGAUGUGGCAGUAUCUGCAAAGCAGCCGUGUGGGGGACCCAAGCAUAGAGAAGCCCUUAUCCGCAGAAGCUAAUCAGACUCAACCAGAAAUGUGCUUACGUCUUGAAAUAGGACCCAGCGCCAUUGUGCACUCACCCCUCGCUGUCCAGAAUGGGUUCCUUCACAUCCUCAUCCAUAGCUACAGCACAGAGCUCCUGAUGUCCUUCCUCACCAACCUCGGACCCUUCCUCGAGGAUGAAGCGAUACCCGAGGUGAUACCCAUGAAGAUAGAAAUUGUGGAUACCAGGAUUACACUGAAGGAUGACAGCCCUCGGGUAUACCCUACCUCUCCUGGCCCCAUUCCCAUAACUCUGGCGAUGGAUCAUGUUGUUGUGAAGCGCAGCGAUGAUGGAGUGUUCUAUGUAACAGCUGCACAGAAUGGGGGACUACCUUUACAGAAAAGGCCUGAGAAAGGUCUGAAGGAACAGAAGGACCCAAAAGAAAGACUCUUGGCAGUCCCAAGAGGAGCAGUACCUGUAUUACAGCUAAAGGAAGCCCCAGCUUUGCAGAAGGAUCUCCAGGCUAUGAAAAUAGCCCUAGCAGAAGCCAAUCUGGACAUAGAACGCCUUCUGCAGGAAAUUAGGAAAUACGAUCCCCUCUUCCAGCUUUGACAACAGAGGCCCAAGGCUGCAGCUGCUCAGGAGGAGCAGAGAUCAUCACCAGCAUCCAGGUGGCUAAUUUGUUACAUUGCUACUGAGAGGCCAACCUCAGUAGAGAGGAAUCGCCUUGGGGAACUAAAUCCUAAUAGCAGGAUAAACUCUUAAGUCAGGAAGAAAGAAGGAGAGCCUGGCUGGGUGAAGGGAAAUUAGCAACAAGGAGCUACCUGGUUCUGGUUUUGCAGCCAUGUCCCUCAGUCCUGACAGAACGGUGCUAUACUCGGUGUCACUGAAUAACUGCAGUGCUUGGUCUGCAAGCAGAAAAUGCAGAACAGUAGUCAAGAGCCAGGCACCCCGUCUAGUCAUCUUACAACGGUGUUGCUGGCCUACUUUCAUACCACCAUUGCGUCUUCUUCCUUGUUCAUCUUGGUUUACAGAGGUGGGUGGUGUGGGGGUCUGUACUUCCUUGAGUAUCUUCCUGGGUGUUUUUGCCCAAACACACUCACCAAAGAGCGCAGGCAAAAGCAAUAAGGUCAACUUGUUCAGUCAAGGCAUAGUCAAAUAUGGCAGAAGUUUGUUUUAUAGUGAAUACAUAUGAAAUGAAGUAAAAUGGGCUGGAAAUGUGGGGGGUGACUAGCUGUGAGAGAUCUGGAAGUAACUACUCUCUAUAGGGGAGAGGGAAUGUGACUUGAAGAUAUUCUCCCUUCCACCCAUCUAGCGUAGUACACAGUGGAAAAGGUACUAGAAGAAACCCAACAGUUUGUAGUCCCAGGCCAAAAGGAAGAUGUGGGGUAUUAGAUUUAGAAAGGUACUCUGCUUGCAAUGCUGCCUCUCAACCCCACCUCUAACUCUAUGUCCAUAUGCCUUGGCCAUUGCCUUUAGCCUGGUAUGAAAGUUGCCAGUUUGAAAAGUGUCCCUUGCUCAUUAGCUAAAAGCACAGAGGCUGAGUUCAGCUUAGUGUUCUCCACAAUGAAAUGGGAGGAAUCCAACCUCUCCCCACAAACAUGACCUUUCUAUCAACUGACUACCUAGGAGGCAGGCUGGGUGCAAAGCUUAUAGGCCAAGGGGCAGAAGAGGGGGAGGACCUGUCAUCUCCCUUUGUGAAGAGUACUGCACUCAGACUUACCUGACAGAGGUUCACAGACUGGUGAGGGAGGAAAAGCACUGACAGCAACAACAACCAGUAUACAUAUUCUACCCUAGUCAUGUAUUCUGAGCUAGAGAUGAAUCAGAUGAUAUGGAAGUUGUACAAAGGGCUGGUAAUGUGUGUUUUAACAGAGUGCUGACACUCAGACUUUAGUGGCUUCUAGCUGCCUUGGUUGCUCUGUGCUAGUUAUCUGAAGGCAAUCAAAACAGCAGCUGUCUAAUGUUCUCUCCUGGAAGAUGGUGACUCAGUGCUAAUCUUCUCCAAGUUGCUUCCAUGAUGAAGGUGAAGUGUCCAAAGUCAGUGUGUGGCUUUCUUAAUUUAAAAUUAAAUAGCUUCUACAGGUAAGAAUACCUGGUAAAAGACAAAGUAGGAGUUCAUGAGAAGUCAUUGAUGAAAAGGCUCUUUUGUAAUGUUACAAGAAUCAAAUGCUUUUCUAAAGGCUAAGUUUGCUAUUUCCUCACUUUAGCUGACUAAGCUAGUGCAUGCACAGUCUUGGCACUGGGUGAAGAAGCAACUGUCGUGUGCCCUCCUUAACUAACAAAGAAAUAAAUGGAAGAGAGAAAGCAAUGGCAAAGAGAGUAUCCACAAGAUAGAAGAUAGUGCUGGACAGAAGAGUAAGCUGUAUACAGUUUAAGAAAGAACCAUACAAGUUUCAGCCAAUGUUUUACUACUGAAGAAUGCCCACCCACCAUACUUUAUAGCAUUCAGAGUCUCUUGGAUUUUAAUGCAUUUCAAACUUUUUAUGGAUUAGAUUUCUCCAGAUGUACUUUAUAUUUGUAUUAAUGCACGAUUUGUAGCGCAUACACAAUACUUUUUCUAGUGCCUGUAAAACAAACAGAUGAGCCCCACACAUCUUGAUGAAUUAAGAUUUGGGGAGUGAUCAGAAGGAAGACAAUGACUUGUAACCGUUUUUUCCCUGUUACACUAUCCUGCACAUUUUUCUUCUACCCAAUUCUGGAUCUAUCAGGUGUUUCUCUUUAAUAGGGAACUUGCAGUCUAAGCUCUAGGGAGGAAGGGUGCAUGUUUUUAUGUGCUCAGUUGAUGGUACUGAACUAUAAAAUGAGCCAACAACGAAUCCCUUGCAUAUGUCACUCCAGAUGAAAGGAGAGGACAUAGAAAGGAUGCCCAUACCCAACACAAAUAGCUGUCAUUAUGGGGAUAAUUAUAAAUUCAAAAUAUUUUGACUACACUACGCUGAAGAUGGAGUCUUUGACCAGUACCAUUGAAGACACAAUAGCCUUGGCGCAGAGACAGCCCUGAUUUACUGCUGUAAGGUGGACUGCAUCUCUACCACCUUGUCUAACAAGGUCCAACUGACCAAUGCCUAAAACCAGGUCAGCAAGAGCCCAAACUUCCCUGUGUGCACUGGGAGCCAACAAUUAGAAAUUAUUUGGCUUUUGAAGGAAAAAUCUGUUUUAAACAGCCUGAGAUGAGCAUUAGGCAAAGAGCAGCCAAAUGCCAGAAGGCUUUGCAGUUGUUGUAAUGUCUCUUUCCACAUCUGAUGGAACUGUGUUGGCUACUGUGUAUUAUAUCUUGACUGCUCUAGUUCUCAUGUUAAUUUCUGUCCCUGGAAGAGGGAGGAUAGUGUUCUCUCUCUGUACUGGAAUCUUACUGCUUUACUUCAAGAGCAUCUUUCUUGUCCUAUGCCUCCUCAAAACAGUCUUUGUGACAGGUUAUUACAUGCAUUAUUGCCUACGUUGAAAAAUCCUCUUGUGUAGCAGUCCUUGUUUGAUCCUAUGGAGCAGAGAAUCUGUUAACAAGAGAAGAAGGCACUUUAACUUUUAGCAGUAGUGUAGGGGUAGCCCAACUGGGUAUUUCCCCACCACCUUUGCCUUGUGUAUGCACAGAAUACUUUUAAAAUAAAGAAAAAGAGGUUUUAGAAAUGCAAGAAUUAUCUCGUGUGGUAAGGAUCACACUGUGGCAAGGCUAAACAGUUUUCUUGUAAAACAGGCACUAAUGUUACAGUGCAUCUGUUUAUAUAUAACCAGACUUGCUGUGAACCUAAUAUAAAGCAGCUAAUUGUAGGUGUAAAAGACAUCUAAUGUUGUGAAGUGUGUUUUAAGCCCAAAUGUUUGUUUCCAAAGUGAAGUUGUUGGUCACUUCCAUGUAAACUGAAAUUAACAUUCUUUAGUGAAACUUAUACACUUAUAUGCAAACUCCAUCUCUUCCUGUUGAGAUAAGAGUAUUCCUGCAACCAGGCCCCCUGGUGGGUGGGGGUGGGGGGUGGAGAGCAAAGGCAGCAAUUGCUCUAGGGCAUAGAGCUGCUGACCAGGUCUGGGCAGUGCUAAGAACUGACUGAAAAUGCCCCGGGGGGAAGGUGAUGUUGAUCCCACUGCUUUAGUCAGUGUGCUUGGAAAUCACUUUUGUAAAAAAACAAAGAAAAAAACCCAAAACUUUUUUUAAGAUGUCCUGCUGCGUCUUUUAGCAGGUUAUGAAAGGAGUGAUAGGGGAAGGUUUUGCCCAGAACUGGUAUCUAGCUACAAUAACAUGAAGCUACUUCCCUCUCCGGCUACUGCAUCAGAAACAGCUGGUACGUCGUUUUCCUUGGCAAGCAUCUUGUUCCAAUGACCACAGGAGCUUGGAUCAGUCCAUAUAGGGCUAGGUUCAGGAAAAAACUGAGUGCUUCUAUUUCAUUGUAUUUCAGUACAAUACAGGUACAUUACUACUCAAAGCCUCAUUGGGCUUCGUGCUGUAUAAAAGCUUGCUCACUGCAGAGGACUGAAGAGCUAAGCUUGAACAGUAGGAAAGAUACGGAGGGUGAUGUGACUGAUAAGUUACGUUGUGUUAAGGGAAGUUAGUUCUUGAAGAUUGCUCUACUGUUGUAUGUUCUAUUAAAUGAGCUAACUUCAUUCUGAGUGUAAUUGCAGUGUUACAGUAGGGAUGAGUUGGGGUUGCAAUAGCUCAUUAGUUUCGGGGUUCCAGUCUUUUCUGCUUAUACUUGGCAAUACUGGGUACAAGUCUGACUUGAAUCUAAGGCCUAUCCGUAUUGGAAUCUUAUAUUGCAGUAUUACAUUUCCACUAGUGCAUUUUUUGGUUCUGUGAACCAUCUUAAAGAAAAACUAAACCUCCACUGUGUCAAAUGUUUUUCUCCAUGGCUGGUUUUCUUGAAUCCUGAGUAAACGCAGAACGUGGCUGAACAGCACACAGGAAAAGUAACAGUGGUUAAAGGCUGUGAGAACGAGAGGCUAUCGUUAAAAGACCCUCUUUUCCAAAGGAAAACUAAAACGCUAGAGCCCCCACAUUAUUGAUUAAGGAUUAACAGAUAGCAUUUUCUCAGCUUAAGUUCUAUAAGCAGCUACCACAAAACAUUCAAUGAUGUUUCAUCAGCAGAGUCAAUGUGAAUGGAAGAGACGACUCAAAUCCCAGUCGUUUAACAGAACAGCAAAUUUAAUGAAUUUUCAUUGUACAAAAUCUCCCCAUUUCUAUACAGACUGAAGUGUACCUGUUACAGCAGUAUCAGCCCCCAUCACAUUUUCCUCUCUAACUAAAAAGCCUAUUACACCAAAGGCUUUUGUCCUUUGUAAUUGAAGGGUUUGGCUACCUUUCACACAACCUCAGCUAUGUCUAAUUCCCCUGACAACAUUUCCACAUCAGUUUUUAUGUCUCUCUACCACCAGCACUUCUGUAAGUUGCCCAGGAAGUGUUUAAAGAGAGAGAACUUAAGCAGUCACUUCUUGCAGAAGUUAUAAAUGGAAGCAUUUCAUAGAGUCUGAGAAACUGGCCACAUGGGCUCACUGUAGUUUUAAGAAACUUCUGUUAGGUUGUUUUGGUACAGGUUUGCUAGUUAAUGCUGAAACCAUCAGUAGUGCAGAAGGUCUGCAAGCUUUUUGUUUAAGCAGCUCCCUGAGGUGAUAUAAUUUACAGCUGGAAGUCUAUUCUCCUCCAUCUUCUCCAAGGUCUGCUUCUUAAAC